AUGAUUUCUAAAUUGUUUUUACUUGUUUUUCUUUGUCCAAUUACUUGUCUAGCUAGUCGCUUUAGAAAGCUUGGUGGAGAUAGUGAAGAAAUGAGACAUCUUCAUCAUUUGCAUAGCUAUGGUGGUGGUAUUGGCAUUAAUAGUGGUGGAGGAUACGGCAAUGGUGCAGUUGGUGGUUCAGGUAGUGGUGGAGUUGGUGUAGGACCUGGUUCUGGGGGUGUAGUUGGAGGUGGAUAUAACCCCGGAAAUAGUCAUGGAGGAUUUAGUGGAGGGAAUGGAGAUGGGAGUGGAAUGGGUGGUGGAAAUGGAGGUUCUAGCAGUGGAGGUGGUAGUUUUGGAGGGUCUGGUGGUGGAGGAAUAGGUGGUGGUUAUGGUGAUGGAAUUGGAGGAUCUAGCAGUGGAGGUAUAGGUGGUGGGAAUGGUGGAUCUGGUGGUGGAGCAAUAGGUGGUGGUUAUGGUGGUGGAAAUGGAGGAUUUGGCAGCGGAAGUGGUGGUGGGGUUGGCGGUGGUUAUGGUGCGGGAAAUGGAGGAUAUGGGGGUGGCAGUGGAGGUAGCGGAGGUGGUGGUUAUAGUAAUGGAAAUGGAGGAUCUGGCGGCGGAGGUAUAGGUGGUGGAUAUGGUGGGGAAAUUUUUAAUCAGCUACGACCAUGA